UGGAGAAAGCAGCAGUCACUAGAACCAUAAACUGCGACUAUCCACGGCCUUCAUGAGAGUGUGUGUAUAUGACAUACUUUUGUUUUGGCAUUAAUGAAAGUGGAAUGACUAAAAAGCCCUCAUCUUCUACCUACCUUCUUCUGCGAUUUCUUUAAGCCGUCUUUGAUUUUUUUUUCUUCACCAUUUUCGGAAGCUAUUUUUGUUGUAUUCACUUAAGAUCCAUGGCAUAAAAUCUGGUUUCGAACUAGAACUGAUACCUCCUUCAUCAUCACCUUGGAACUCGAAAACAAAUCGAUGGCGAGUCAUAUUGUGGAAACUCUGUUGGUGUUGUCAGUCAUCAUAUUCCUCCAACUCCAAACCACCAAGGGGGAAGAAGAAGGAGACACUCCAAUCGGUCGGUUCCAGCAAUACCUAAGAUUCAAAACGGCUCAUCCAAACCCUAACUACACGGCACCCGUCUCAUUUCUCGUUCACCAAGCCCAAUCAAUCGGUCUAACAACUCGAACCCUAGAAUACGUAAAAGGAAAGCCAGUUCUCGUGGUGACGUGGCUCGGCUCCAAACCCCAACUCCCUUCCAUUCUCCUCAACUCCCAUCUCGAUUCCGUCCCCGCCGAAGCUGACAAAUGGAUUCACCCGCCCUUCUCUGCUCACCGAACCCUCGACGGUGGUGGUCUUAUCUACGCACGAGGCGCGCAGGACGAUAAGUGCAUCGGAGUUCAGUAUCUGGAGUCUAUCCGGAACUUGAAAUCCACAGGCUUCCUUCCUAUCCGCACCCUCCACAUCUCUUACGUCCCCGACGAAGAGAUCGGAGGGUUCGACGGGAUGGCCAAGUUCGCGGCCUCCUCUGAUUUCCGGGACCUCAAUGUUGGAUUCGCCUUGGACGAAGGGCAGGCGAAUCCGGGAGAUGAGUUUAGGGUCUUCUUCGCUGACCGGACUCCCUGGGAGCUGGUGAUUACAGCUCGUGGCGUCCCGGGCCAUGGUGCUAAGCUCUACGACAAUGGAGCGAUGGAGAAUCUGAUGAAGAGUGUUGAGUUGAUCUCCAGGUUUAGGGAGACGCAAUUCGAUUUCGUUAAAGCUGGCAAAGCUGCCAACUCCGAGGUUAUCUCUGUCAAUCCAGUUUAUCUCAAAGCUGGGACUCCUUCCAACACUGGAUUUGUGAUGAAUAUGCAGCCUUCAGAGGCAGAAGCUGGAUAUGAUCUAAGGCUGCCUCCAAUGGAUGAUCCUCAUCUUAUCAAGAAAAGGAUUGCUGAGGAAUGGGCUCCUUCUAUUAGGAACAUGACCUACACGAUAAAAGAGAAAGGAAAGUUAAGAGACCAUUUAGGACGACCGAUAAUGACUGCUACUAAUGGUUCGAAUCCUUGGUGGUCUGUCUUCAAGCAAGCUGUUGAAGCAACUGGUGGAAAACUCGCAAAGCCUGAAAUUUUGGCUUCAACCACAGAUGCACGCUAUAUUCGCACUUUGGGAAUUCCACUUCUGGGUUUCUCACCCAUGAUCAAUACUCCUAUCCUAUUGCAUGACCAUAACGAGUUUCUUAAAGAUACCGUAUUCUUGAAAGGAAUACAAGUAUAUGAAUCGGUUAUCAGCGCUUUAAGUUCCUUUGAGGGAGUAUCUGCUCAAAUGAUCUGAAAGCAUGUUUGUAUUCGAGCAAUUGUUACAUCCCACUUGUAGAUGAUCAGGUUUCACAAAUUGCUAUGUUCAACAAGUGUAUGUCGAUGUUUCACUCAUUUUCUUGGAAAUAUGUUUCGAUUGACAUUCACUCGGGUCCUGUGACCCUGAGUGGCUGGUAAUAAUAUCAGACAUUUGAUUUGCCUGCAUAAAAUCUCGAA